CUCUCUAUAAAAAAGCUGUGCCAAAAUUCGGUUCGAUUAAAUUGAAAAUCAUCGUUGAAACAGACAGUUCGUCAAAGAGAAUAGUUUUCAAAAUGAAAUCGUUCGUCGCUUUCUCCGUCUUGUGCGCAAUCAUUGCUGGGGCCAACGCCGCUCUUUACCUUGUUGAAAUUCCUGAUCAUCAUCGUGUAGUUCGUUCUCCACAAUUCGGUGGUGGCCCAGGAUUCGGAGGACCAGGAUUCGGUGGUGGCCCAGGUUUCGGAGGACCAGGUUUUGGUGGUGGUGGUUUCGGACAAUCAACCAGCCAAUCCAACGCAAAUGCCCAAUCAUCAUCAUCUAACCAAGGAGGUUUAGGAGGUUACGGUCCAUAUGGUGGCGGCCUUGGUAGCUCAGGUUCAUCGUCAAAUGCCGCUUCAUCAGCUAACACUCAAACAUCGAACUUAGGUGGAGGUCUCAGCGGACAACAAUCAACAUCUGGAGCUUCAGCAAACGCUGGAUCAUCAACAUCAAGCCAAAACCUAGGAGGAUUAGGUUACGGUGGAUACGGUGGACAAAGUGGUUUUGGAGGUCCAGGUGGUUUUGGAGGUCCAGGUGGUUUUGGAGGUCCAAGUAGUUUUGGAGGUCCAGGUGGUUAUGGCGGACAACAAUUUGGAGGAUCACAAUCUAACGCAAAUGCCGCCAGCCAAACUGGAACAGGCCAAUCGGGAUUCGGACGUUAAGUCGCAAUAGAAAAAAAUCACUCUUCAAAAUGUGAAACAAAACACUAGGAAAAAAAUAAAAAAAAAUAUUUAAAAUGUA